GCCGCGUGCGUGCAGGGCUGUGUGAAACGGCCGCCUGGCUGAGGCCAGCGGGGAGAACACCAACUUCCUCCAUUGUCUGUGCUCCAACCUCUGUGCUACACCUGAGGAUGGCAACAACCCCCAUGUUUGACCAGCAUCAGGGCCCACGGGAGGGCUGCUGAGGGCAGAAGAUUGCCCUCAACACAUCCUUUGAUCUAUCUGCUGUUGUUUUCCGAACUGCUCAGCUGGGCAGGAGUCACUUGAGGCCUACAUUGCGUUUUACCAAAAAGAAAACAUAUCAGGUGAGAUUUUAACCAGAACCCUGCUCCAGUGAUCAAGUCGAAAGAGGAACAUUAACUUUCAUCUAUAGUUAAGGCUAAAAUAUUGCCCAGAGUGCUUGAAUUAUUGACUCUCUUCAUAUCACCAGUACUGCUGUUGAUUUCCACUUCCUCAGGUCUCAUGUGGUGAUACAUUUUAAAGGAACUGUAUAUCUCAUCUUGCCCUCUUACAUCUUUAGCUGGAUUUACUCUUCUGACAGAAAACUUGUAUUUAAAAUAUUUUUCAAACACCAGUGCUAUUCUGACCUGCUUUUGAACUCAAAUAUUGUACGUGGAGUAAAUGAAAAUGUUGUUGAACUGUAGUCUGGCUGCAGAGGCCUGGUAAAGUUUGAGUAACCAAGGCAGGAGAAAGUGAUUACCUUUUUUAAAAUGUGUAUUUCGGGCAUAGAACUUUUCUGCAGUGUACCAACAUCUCAGCCUGAUGCUUGCCCUGGUGCCAUGCACCUAACACGGCAGAGGCAGGACAAGGAGUGAAGCGAGUGGGAGGCUGCCCAUUUCCCCAGCUAGCGGCUGUGCUGCACCUCUGUGGUCAGAGCUGCCAAGGAGGAAAACAGCUCUCACUGCUAGCCCUGCACCGAGAGCCUGGGAAUUGAGCACCAGCCGUGGAGGGCAAAGAGGCAUCUGAGGCUGGUCUCCUGCUGGAGCAGAUCAAAGUGACACAGGGAGCCGUGUAGCUGCUGCAACCCAACCAAGAGGGAGGAACCAGUGCCCUCGCUUUGCCUUUUAUUUCCAAGGACAAAAUGCAGGUGGCAUGCUCUCUACCCACUGCAGAGUGGGGAGGAAAGUGCACUGCUCCCUUUCCCUGUCCUUUCUUUUACCCUGUUGCUUCACUUCACCAGCUGGCAGCUAGUGACAGGGUGAGCGUUGUGCCUGGGUGGGCAGCUCUCCCACAUCCCUUUGAAGGCUGCCUGCUGCUGCAGUGCCAGGAGAAUGCCAAGAGAAGGACCCUGCUGCAGUUGAAGAGGGUGAAUCUUCAGAUUUUGCUUUGACCUGGGACUCGUCAGUGACUCAAUCAGGUGGCCUGGGAGGAGAGCUGGAGAGCGAAGCGAAGGACAGCCGGGCCCUGGAAGAGAGGAACAGUGUGACGAGCCAGGAAGAGAGAAAUGAGGAAGAUGAAGACAUGGAGGAUGAGUCAAUUUACACCUGCGAUAACUGUCAGCAGGACUUCGAUUCACUGGCAGACCUGACUGAACACAGGGCACACAACUGUCCUGGAGGUUGUCUGUUUCAAACAGCAGCAGAGCUAUAUAUGGAUAUUGCCAGCUUGGAAGCAGCUGAUUUUUCUAAACUACUGUACGAUGGUGAUGACGACCCACAACUCUCCUGGGUGGCUUCAUCUCCCUCCAGCAAAGAUGUUGCAUCACCCACUCAGAUGAUAGGAGAUGGGUGUGAUCUUGGCAUCGGGGAGGAGGAAGGGGGGACUGGCCUGCCGUAUCCCUGUCAGUUUUGUGAUAAGUCCUUCAUUCGCCUGAGCUACCUUAAAAGGCACGAGCAGAUCCACAGUGACAAACUACCUUUCAAAUGCACCUACUGUAGCCGGCUUUUUAAGCACAAGAGGAGUAGGGAUCGCCACAUAAAGCUUCACACAGGGGAUAAAAAGUACCAUUGCCACGAAUGCGAGGCUGCAUUCUCCCGCAGCGACCACCUCAAAAUCCACCUGAAAACCCACAGCUCCAGCAAACCAUUCAAGUGUACUGUGUGUAAACGUGGGUUUUCAUCUACCAGCUCAUUGCAGAGUCACAUGCAAGCUCAUAAAAAGAACAAGGAACAUAUGGCAAAGACUGAGAAAGAGGUGAAGAAGGAUGAUUUUAUGUGUGAUUACUGUGAAGAGACAUUCAGUCAGACUGAAGAUUUGGAGAAGCACGUAAUGACACGCCACCCACAGCUUUCCGAGAAGGCAGAUUUGCAGUGUAUUCAUUGCCCUGAAGUAUUUGUAGACGAAAACUCGCUGCUCUCACACAUUCAUCAAGCCCAUGCCAACAAGAAACACAAGUGCCCUAUGUGCCCAGAGCAGUUUUCUUCAGUGGAGGAAGUCUAUUGCCACUUGGACAGCCACAGACAACCUGACUCCAGCAACCACAGCAUCAGCCCUGACCCAGUCCUGGGGAGUGUGGCGUCCAUGAGCAGCGCAACGCCGGACUCCAGCGCGUCGGUGGAAAGAGGUUCCACUCCGGAUUCGACCUUAAAGCCUUUGAGAGGACAAAAGAAAACCAGGUCAGUUGACAGAGAGGAUGGCCAGAACUGGUCUAAAGUUACUUACAGCUGCCCCUACUGCUCGAAACGUGACUUCAACAGCCUUGCUGUUCUAGAGAUCCAUCUGAAGACCAUUCAUGCAGACAAACCUCAGCAAAGCCACACGUGCCAGAUCUGCCUUGAUUCCAUGCCUACACUGUACAACUUGAAUGAACACGUGAGAAAAGUGCACAAAAACCAUGCCUAUCCCAUGAUGCAGUUUAGCAACAUUUCUGCCUUUCAUUGCAAUUACUGCCCGGAGAUGUUUGCAGAUAUCAAUAGCUUGCAGGAACACAUCCGCAUUACUCACUGCGGCCCAAACGCUACCCCUCAAGAUGGCAACAAUGCUUUCUUCUGUAACCAGUGCUCCAUGGGCUUUCUGACCGAAGCUACCUUGACUGAGCACAUCCAGCAGACUCACUGCAAUGUAGGAAAUUCAAAAUUGGAUUCCCCUGUCAUUCAGCCAACACAGUCUUUUAUGGAAGUUUAUUCAUGCCCUUAUUGCACAAACUCCCCCAUUUUUGGCUCCAUCCUGAAGCUUACAAAGCAUAUUAAAGAAAACCACAAGAACAUUCCUCUGGCACACAAUAAGAAGUCAAAAGCAGAGCAGAGUCCAGUUUCUUCUGAUGUUGAAGUCUCUUCCCCUAAAAGGCAGCGGCUUUCUGCAAGCGUAAACUCAGUGUCUAAUGGUGAAUACCCAUGUAAUCAGUGUGAUCUAAAGUUCUCAAAUUUUGAAAGUUUUCAGACCCAUUUAAAGUUGCAUUUGGAGUUGCUGUUGAGGAAACAGUCUUGCCCUCAGUGUAAAGAAGACUUUGAUUCCCAGGAGUCUCUUCUGCAACAUCUCACUGUACACUACAUGACAACUUCUACUCAUUAUGUAUGUGAGAGCUGUGACAAACAGUUUUCUUCAGUGGAUGAUUUGCAGAAGCAUUUGUUGGACAUGCAUACUUUUGUGUUGUAUCACUGCACACUUUGCCAAGAAGUUUUUGAUUCCAAGGUAUCUAUCCAAGUGCAUCUGGCAGUCAAGCAUAGCAAUGAAAAGAAGAUGUAUCGUUGCACAGCCUGUAACUGGGAUUUUAGGAAGGAGGUGGAUCUCCAGAUCCAUGUGAAGCAUAGUCACUUGGGUAAUCCAUCAAAGUCUCACAAAUGUAUCUUCUGUGGUGAGACCUUCAGCACAGAGGUAGAACUGCAGUGCCACAUCACAACCCACAGCAAAAAAUACAACUGCAAGUUUUGUAGCAAAGCUUUUCAUGCCAUCAUCUUGCUUGAAAAGCACUUGAGGGAAAAACAUUGUGUUUUUGAUGCUAGUGCUGAGAAUGGUACAGCUAAUGGCAUGACCCCCACAAAUAAGAAGACAGAAGGGGCAGAUAUCCAGAACAUGUUAAUGAAGAAUCCAGAUACUUCCAACAGUCAUGAAGCCAGUGAGGAUGAUGUGGAUGCUUCUGAGCCCAUGUAUGGCUGUGACAUUUGUGGGGCUGCCUACACUAUGGAGGUCCUCUUGCAGAAUCAUCGUUUGAGAGAUCAUAACAUCAGGCCUGGGGAGGAUGACUGUUCUAGGAAGAAAGCAGAAUUCAUCAAAGGUAGCCACAAGUGUAAUAUCUGCUCAAGGACCUUUUUCUCAGAAAAUGGCCUGAGGGAGCACAUGCAGACCCAUCGAGGUCCAGCUAAGCACUACAUGUGCCCCAUCUGCGGGGAACGCUUCCCAUCGCUCCUGACCCUGACGGAGCACAAAGUCACUCACAGCAAGAGUUUGGAUACAGGGACGUGUCGGAUCUGCAAAAUGCCACUGCAGAGCGAGGAGGAAUUCAUCGAGCACUGCCAGAUGCAUCCAGAUCUCAGAAACUCCCUCACUGGGUUUCGCUGUGUUGUCUGCAUGCAGACGGUCACCUCUACCCUGGAGCUGAAAAUUCAUGGGACGUUCCAUAUGCAGAAGUUGGCAGGAAACUCUGCAACCUCAUCGCCUAACGGCCAGGCCUUGCAAAAACUCUACAAGUGUGCGCUGUGCUUGAAGGAGUUCCGGAAUAAGCAGGACUUGGUAAAGUUGGAUGUGAACGGCCUUCCCUAUGGCCUGUGUGCUGGAUGCAUGACCAGGAGCACCAACGGACAGUCUUCGAGCUUGACUCCACAGGAGGUGAAUGAGAGGCCGUGUGGCAGCCUGAGGUGUCCAGAGUGUAGUGUCAAAUUUGAAAGUGCUGAAGACCUAGAGAGCCACAUUCAGGUAGACCACCGAGACCUGACACCUGAGACCAGUGGCCAAAGGAAAGGUACCCAGACAUCCCCUGUUCCCAGAAAAAAGACCUAUCAAUGCAUCAAGUGCCAGAUGACCUUUGAGAAUGAGAGAGAGAUACAAAUCCAUGUCGCUAACCAUAUGAUUGAGGAAGGCAUCAAUCAUGAGUGCAAGCUGUGUAACCAGAUGUUUGACUCUCCGGCAAAGCUCCUGUGUCACCUGAUUGAGCACAGCUUUGAGGGGAUGGGAGGCACAUUCAAAUGCCCUGUUUGUUUCACAGUCUUUGUACAGGCAAACAAACUGCAGCAGCACAUCUUUGCAGUGCACGGGCAGGAAGACAAAAUUUAUGACUGUUCCCAGUGCCCACAGAAGUUCUUCUUUCAAACAGAGCUUCAGAACCACACAUUGAGCCAGCACGCACAGUGAGCCACUGGCACUACAGGACACCUCUCUGCAGAAGACUUGACGGUGGCACAGUGGGGAGGACCAUUUGAACAUUACAUCCAAUCAAAGUGUCAUUUGCAACCCAGAUGUAAAACUCUAAUGAUUUGGCCAUGAGGCGCUGCUAUUAUAAGCAGCUGGAAAUGAAUAUUAAUGGAAGAGAUUAAAAGUAUUCCAUGCUCAGUAUUUUUUAUUGUCCUGCUUCAGCUAGUGUACUUUAGAGCUUCUGCUUCUGACUGAAUUUAUAGUGUUAGAUAAAUCUGCUUUGAUGCUGUUGCCCUUUGUUGCUUCUUGUAUUAUAUUGAUAGUUAAAGAUUAGGUGUGAUUUUUUUCUUUUUUGUUAACUGCUUUUUAAUUGCAAUUUUAGGUAACUGUGCAUUGUGAUGUGAUUGCUUGGCUAUUGUCUGAAUAUUUCUUUUUAAUUUUUUAAUUAAAGACUAAUGCUUUGAUUGGAUUUGCCAGUUCACCGGACAGUGAUUAAAACUAUGUAAUGAAUAUAAUCGGUUUCAGUGCAACUGGAUGGUCUGCUUUAUAAAUGUGACUUAAUCUGAUUGCAAUAACUAGUACAGUUCAAUAAAGGGAAUACAUGA